CUCAGGUAAUAAGUUUAAACAAACUGUCUUAUAUUAACAUAUGUGUGUUAUAGAAACAGGGUCAAUGUUGUGUUUUACAUUAUUCUACAAUGUAUCUAACUAAGAAGUUUGAAGGAAUAAGAUUAAUGUGAAACCAAUAUAACAAAUCUUUCAAAAUAGUUAUGCAAUUUGAAAUAGUUUACAAGAGUGAAUUCAGAAUUUUAAAAAGAAAAAGCAACGGAUUACCAACUAAAAUACAAUGAUGCAUUCGUCUGACAGUAAUUCUGAGAACAUAUCUCCUCUAAGUGUACUAUUGCCCGAUGAAAGUUCAUGUUUAUUAACCGACAUUUGCAUAGAACGUGAAUAUUUCUUUGUUGUCGAUAAUGUUAACAGACGGGUCAAACGUUAUAGGAAAGAUGAUAAUUGCUUGCAGGACUACAUCUUCUUAGAAGAUCCAUGUGGAAUUUGCAAAUUAUUUUUAUCUUCUCAUAUCGUAGUCACAGAACCAUGCAAUAAACAAUUGACGUAUGUUAGCGUAGAGGGUAAUAUGAUCCUCAGUUCUCGAAGGAAGACUAAUAAAAAAUAUAGUGCAAUCCGCUGCUUGGACGAAACAAGGCUUGUGGUUGGUUGUUGUGAACUGGCCAAUGCUUCCGUUGACAUACUAGAUUAUACUGGGAAAGUCCACCGGACUAUAAAUAGCAAUGAGAGAGAAUAUCCCCUCUUUGUAACACCUGCCUGCUUGGCUUGUUUCAACGAGGAAUAUGUAGUUAUUUCUGAUUCAGGAACAAGGAAUGUGACGUGUAUAAACAAAAAUGAUAAAGUUGAAUGGAUUAUUGAACUCAAAUGUUCCCCAAGUGGUGUUUGUGUGUCCAAAUCAGGAAUUGUGUACAUUUGUUUGUACAAUGAAAAUAAAAUUGUGACGGUAGAUAAUAUACAUAAUGGUAAUGUUGCAGGAAGUAUAGACGAUAUUAGAUUAAAAAAUCCACUCUCAAUCAGUCAUUCAACUGGAAGUUUGUACAUUACAGAGGAAAUGCCGAGUGAUAGAAUAUUCCAAAUUCAGAUUGAUGACCCAUUUGAAGGAAGAGUGGUAGAUCUUUCCAACAUUCAUCUCAUUACAACGACGGACCACUAGCAUGACUAGCAAAUCUCUUCAUUAUUAUCCGAAGAAGAAGAAGCUAUAAAUAGUCAGGUCAAUAGGCAACAAGUUGACAAAUUAAUAAGCUCAUACCUAAAAUAAAACCCCUCUUCAAAAUC